CCUGCUCCAGGAUUUCUCUUUUAACAUGCUGGGAAGGUUUUAGUGGCACGGCGGAGUGCGCGGGGAGGCGAAUUCCCUGCUGAGCGUUAUGUGUGCCUUCUAUUUGCAAUUGCAGAGCAAUAUAUUCGGCGGUCUGGACGAGAGCCUGCUGGCCCGCGCCGAAGCCCUGGCAGCGGUGGACAUCGUCUCCCCGAGCAAGAGCCACCACCACCACCCGCCGCACCACAGCCCCUUCAAGCCGGACGCCACCUACCACACCAUGAACACCAUCCCCUGCACCUCGGCCGCCUCCUCCUCCUCGGUGCCCAUCUCCCACCCGUCCGCCCUGUCGGGCACCCACCACCACCACCACCAUCACCACCAUCACCACCACCAGCCCCACCAAGCGCUGGAGGGGGAACUCUUGGAGCACCUGACGCCGGGGCUGGCGCUGGGGGCCAUGGCGGGCCCCGACGGCGCCGUGGUCUCCACGCCGGGCCAUGCUCCGCACAUGGCCGGCAUGAACCCCAUGCACCCGGCUGCGCUGGGCAUGGCCCACGGCCACGGGCUUCCCGCCCACAUGGGCUGCAUGAGCGACGUGGACGCAGACCCCCGCGACUUGGAGGCCUUUGCUGAGCGAUUCAAGCAGCGCCGCAUCAAGCUGGGGGUGACCCAGGCCGACGUGGGCUCGGCGCUGGCCAACCUGAAGAUCCCGGGGGUGGGCUCCCUCAGCCAGAGCACCAUCUGCCGCUUCGAGUCCCUUACCCUCUCCCACAACAACAUGAUCGCCCUCAAGCCCAUCCUGCAGGCCUGGCUGGAGGAGGCCGAGAAGUCCCACCGCGAGAAGCUGGCUAAGCCAGAACUCUUCAGCGGCGCAGAGAAGAAGCGCAAGCGGACCUCCAUCGCCGCCCCGGAGAAGCGCUCGCUGGAGGCCUACUUCGCCCUCCAGCCCCGGCCCUCCUCCGAGAAGAUCGCCGCCAUCGCCGAGAAGCUGGAUCUCAAGAAGAACGUGGUCCGCGUCUGGUUCUGCAACCAGCGCCAGAAGCAGAAGCGCAUGAAGUACUCGGCUGGCAUCUGAGCCGCGGCCGCGGGGAGCCAACAGCAUCACCGUAACAGAUAAUAAUAAUAAUUAAAAAAUAUAUAUAUAAACAACAGCAACGAAAAAAGCAAGGAAAGGAGGAGCCCCCCUUCCCCAGCCCACUCCACAGCCCGCCCCGCGCCCAACUUUCUGGGGGAAUUUCCCCGCGGAGCCGCCGCCCGGACCCGGCCCGGCAAGUACCGCUGGUUUUUAUUCUUACAGAACUCGCCUGGGUGCAAGCGCGAAGGGAAAUCCUCGUAGCGGCGUGGCCGCGACGCCAGGGCUUCCCCGGGACCGAAACUUAGAACCUAGAGUCGAGGCUUCGCGCUGCGAGAGACGUCUCGAAAGUAUUUUGAUGUAAAUGAUGAUGAUGAUAAUAAUGAUAAGAAUAAUGAUGAUGAUAAAAAGGCAGGGUUUUUUUUCUGCAUUUACACUGCGUAUUAUAAAUAUAUAAAUAUAUAUAUAUUUUUACUGUGGUUAUAAUCCUUUUCCUUCUCUGAAGUUAUAACGCUUAGGGAAAGAGCUGAUCCUGCUGUGUUCACUGGUCUUCAAAAGCUAUUAUUAGAUUACUGCCAAACAAGCCCUUGUAAAUUAUUAAUUUAUCUCUCUAGCAACUUCAUUUCGUGCUCAUUCUAAUUAAUUACACCUCUUUAAUCUAAGUCUUCAUACAAGUAAAAAAAAAAAAAAAAAGGAUAGCGAGAAUCAAAUAUUUUGUGUUGGUAGGAUUUUUGAACGUGAGCUUUUUCUCUUCUUCUGAACGUCCCUUUUGGCCAUCUGUAAAUUGUCACCUAAACCUAAGGUAUUUCUCUGGCGAGUAUUCUUAUUCGUACGGCGUCGGCACCCUGUAGUAGAUGUCCUACAUUAUUUGUGUAGCCUGAUUCACUGUCCAAGGUAUUUGUUUACCGCGUUACAUAUUUAAUGGGGAUUCCCACAUUGUCCCCAGCACACGCUGCUCCCGGAGCGAGAAAGGACGCGGCCGCAUAGGUGACAGAGGGGAGGGAGGGAGGGUGUUGGGGUUGUCGCUUCGGGUUCCUUGCCAGCACAAUAUCCGUCUUUCUCAAUUUCAGAGAUGUAUCGCGACGGGAUUCAGACUGGUUCGGUUAUUUAUCUAUCUAUCCGGUUGCUUAUUUAUUUAUUUAUUUAUUCGGUCGGUCGGUUAUUUAUUACCUUUAAUCACAAUGCUUUUCCACGGAGGAAAAGUCCCUUUUGGAGGUCUGGUUGUAGCAAAGCCAAAUUUCAAUUUGUAGGAAAGGGAGGGAGCUAUGCUGCACUGCUUGUAAAUUCACAACUGGUUUGGUACAUUUCUAUUUGGAACAACAACAAUAAACAGAGGGUACUCGGUUGGGUCCCUGUAUGGAUUGUAAAUAUUUCAUUGGCGCUGAAGAACAUAUAGAUAUAUUCUUACAGAUUCUGCUGUACCGCUGUUCUAUCCGAGGCUGUUUUGAAGUCUUAAGUUCUGUACAUGUCCCGAUUUCGUUUGAUUAUUUUUGUUUUGGUCAAUAGGAGGUUUAUUUAUUCGAGUAAUGUACUAAGUUAUUUUUAAAUGUUGUUGAAUCGUCUUUCAUUAAAAAAAAAAAAAAGGGAAAAA